AUGGACAAUGCGAUCAAUGUUUUCAAAGAGAUAUGGGAGAGAUAUAAGGAUACACCAAAGAGGGAUAUAAAUAAUCAAAUAAUAGAGUCAUUGAAGAGUGCUGUAGACGUGUUGUUGGAUGUUGACCUCAAACAAGAUGCCAACCUUGUAUCUUAUAUCAAUGCAUUACCAUUUAUAUCAAAGGCAAUGACCAGUUGCCUGCCACAAUACAAUGAGAACAUUCAUAAACUGUUUGCGCGAGUGAUGAUCAUAGAUGUAGAUCCAUAUUCCACCAGAAUAUCUGUUGACUACUCAAUACUUCCUCAAAAGACAGGCAUCAACAUCACUCUGUUCGAUUUGGCAUUGGCCUACAUCAGAGUUCAAAGUAUACCUUCGUUAUUCGAAAACACUCGCUUCUUGAUCAUACCAGGCUUCUUGAGAAUGGUUCAAUGCAACACUGAUGAUACUCAAAAACAACAACUGCUCACAGCCUAUGUCCAACUACUCGUCUCCAGAAUUGAUCACAACGACUACUUCAACAACAUAACCUAUGCAUUUGGAGUUGAGCCAGUUGAGAAUGAACUGGUCAAAUAG